AAUGGUGCAGAAGUAAACGGUCAUGAUAAAAACGGUCGAACUUCAUUACACUCUGCCGCUGAAGAUGGAAACACAGAACUUAUUUUAAUUUUGAUGGAACAUGAGGCAGAUGUAAACUUCCAAAUGAAUAAUGGGAUGACAUCUAUUUAUAUUGCUUGUCAGAAAAACCAUUUAGCAGUAGUGAAUAUGCUGCUCACUUAUAAAGCUGACAUAAACAAAUGUGAGGAAAAUGGAUGGAGUCCAUUACUUGUAGCAUCUAAUUUCAACCAUAAUGAAACAGUUGAAUAUCUAUGUGAUCACAGUGCUGCUGUGGUGAACAUCUCUAAUAACGAGGGUGAAACGCCAUUACAUAUUGCUUGUGAAAAUGAUAAUGCAGAUUUAGUAAAGUUAUUAUUAAAACAUGGUGCUUCCAUUAAUAAUGGGGAUGAAAAUGGUUUCACUUCGUUCCAUAAAGCUUGUUCCGAAUGUAGUAGCAACAUAGUAGAACUGUUCAUCAAGGAGAAUGCAGCAGUAAACCUCCCUGAUAGGAGAGAUAGAACGCCUUUAUAUAUAGCCUGUCAAAGCAGAUGUAAAAAUGUAGUAGAAUUAUUACUGAAACAUGGAGGAGAGGUAAACAAAGCAGCUCAAGUUGAUUCCAAAGAAGGAUGGACACCUCUACAUGUUUCAUCCGCCUCCGGUAGUACGGAUAUUGCUGAAUUAUUAUUGCAAAAUAAUGCAAUUGUUUAUGGGGAAGAUCAAAAUAGACAUACUCCUUUACACUACGCUACACUAAAUAAUCAUGCUGACACAAUUGAGCUUCUUGUUCGUCAUGGAGCUGUUAUAAACAACAAUGAUGUUCAAGUUUCCUCUACCAGCACAGGACCAAGAAGACGAAAAUAUUGUGUAAUUCAAUGAGAAAUUUGACAUAAAAAAAACCAAUUGCAAGGAAUGUAGGUACAUUUUUAUCUUUCACAGAUGUAAUACGUGUCAACUCGGUACUAUUUUAUCACUAAAGGAUAAUUCGUUCAAAUUGUAUCACUAUGAUUUCUUCACAAGUUCUAAAUAAUGGAAUGAAUAUUAUUGUAGUUUAACUUUAAGCAAACAGUUUUAAAAACAAAUUUUGUGACUCCCGUCUUCUAUUAUAUUUCAUAAUUGCA